AUGGGUAAUGGGAGUGACUUGGGAGAGAAUUGCACUCAUAUCAAUAACUCUGUUAGCAUUCCUGAACCCCCUCAAUAUAUUUUGGUCAUUGCCAGUGUUCUCUACUCGGUAAUCUUCACUGCUGGAUUCGCAUCAAACACGUCUGUCGUGGUGGUUGUCGUGAUUGCUAGGCGGAUCCAGUCACGAAUGAGCGCCCUCUUUGCUAACCUCAGUGUUGCUGAUUUGAUGGUACUCAUCGUCUGUAUACCCUCGGCUGCAGUUGAUCUUUUUGCAAAAGAAGUAUGGUACCUUGGCGAAUUUAUGUGUCGGUUUGUUCCAUUUGUAGAACACCUCGUGUCUUUGGCAUCUGUGCUCACGAUAGUUGCCAUCACAUAUGAUCGAUAUCGCGGCAUAUGUUUUCCACUCAAUUCCCCCUGUUUUUGGACCAAGUUAAAGGUUAAAUCUGUCAUCACUUUGAUAUGGACAAUUGCCGUAACAGCAAGUAUCCCGAUAGCGUUCAUUGCCGUUUAUCGCGACUCAAGGUUCGUCGAUGGGACCCUCAUUAAAGUAUGCAGAAUGCCAAUAAAUACACUGUGGAAGAAAAUUUACAUAGUUGGACUAUUUUCGGUAUUUUUCAUCCUCAUGCUUUCUUUACUACUCUUCUUUGUUGCCCGUAUGUGCAGAAAACUUAUUUGGCAUGUUCAGUUUUUGGAAACGCGAACUGGACAAGAUGCCAACAAAAUGGCUAACGGAAGACGCCGUGUGAUUUGCAUGCUAAUUCUCGUUAUUACUACUUUUUUCUUAUGUCUGUUGCCACAGAGGAUACUGGGGAUUUGGCUCAUUUUCGUCCACCCAUCAGAACUUUUUAAAUUAGGAUUAGAAGGCUAUUUGAAUUUGAUCACUUUUACACGGAUAAUGUUAUACAUUAGUAGCGCAUUAAACCCGAUAAUAUACAAUAUUUUGUCGAAAAGGUUUCGGUGUGCUGUAAGGGAGAUGUUACCAUGUGGAUACAAGCGUCAUAAAUACGAUUCAAAUUCUCUUGCUCUGGUUAAGGUUAUGUCAAUAGUAAACGUGCAGUUGCUUCCCUCUGCUUUAAAAAGACGACACUCAACGUUAGACAGAUAUAAAAUUUCUUGUAAAAGAGAUACCAUACUUCAUAGUGAGGUUAAAAUAUAUCGCGAGAAAGAGACAUUUCUUUGA